GAACUUCCUUAAAAAUGAAAUCCUGACUGACCCUCGAAAGUCCACCUCAGUGGAUGUGCUGCUGAUAAACCUCAUCAGAGGGAAACUGCUUCCCUCUGCUCGCCUCUGGAUAACCACACGACCUGCAGCAGCCAAUCAGAUCCCUCCUGACUGUGUUGACAUGGUGACAGAGGUCUGAGGGUUCACUAACCCACAGAAGGAGGAGUACUUCAGGAAGAGAUUCAGAGAUAAGAAGGCCAGCAGGAUCAUCUCCCACAUCAAGACAUCACGAAGCCUCCACAUCAUGUGCCACAUCCCAGUCUUCUGCUGGAUCACUGCUACAGUUCUGGAGGAUGUGCUGAGAACCAGAGAGGGAGGACAGCUGCCCAAGACCUUGACUGAGAUGUACAUCCACUUCCUGGUGGUUCAGGCCAAAGUGAAGAAGGUCAAGUAUGAUGAAGGAGCUGAGAGAGAUCCACACUGGAGUCCAGAGAGCAGAAAGAUGAUUGAGUCUCUGGGAAAACUGGCUUUUGAUCAGCUGCAGAAAGGAAACCUGAUCUUCUAUGAAUCAGACCUGACAGAGUGUGGCAUCGAUAUCAAAGCAGCCUCAGUCUACUCAGGAGUGUUCACACAGAUCUUUAAAGAGGAGAGAGGACUGUACCAGGACAGGGUGUUCUGCUUCAUCCAUCUGAGUGUUCAGGAGUUUCUGGCUGCUCUUCAUGUCCAUCUGACCUUCAUCAACUCUGCAGUCAAUCUGCUGGAAGAACAACAAACAAUCACCAAGAAAUCUAAAUUAUUGAAUGAACCAAAACUCCAUUAUCUCCACCAGAGUGGUGUGGACAAGGCCUUACAGAGUCCAAAUGGACACCUGGACUUGCUCCUCCGCUUCCUCCUGGGUCUUUCACUGCAGACCAAUCAGACUCUUCUACAAGGGCUGCUGACAAAGACAGGAAGUAGCUCACAGACCAAUAAGAAAACACUCCAGUAUAUUAAGGAGAGGAUCAGUGAGAAUCUGUCUGCAGAGAAAAGCAUCAAUUUGUUCCACUGUUUGAAUGAACUGAAUGAUCAUUCUCUAGUGGAGGAGAUCCAAAAGUGCAUGAAAUCAAGAAGUCUCUCGACAGAUAAACUGUCCUCUGCUCAGUGGUCAGCUCUGGUCUUCAUCUUACUGUCAUCAGAAAAAGAUCUGGAUG